AUGGAAGAUGAAAUUGAUGAAGAGGAAGAAUUUGAAAGUGAACUUAAAAUUCCCACAAAAGUGGUGGUGAUUAUGGAUGAUGGGAGUGUUGAUGGGACAAAAAGAGUCACUUUUGACUUCGUCAAAAAGUACAAGGUCAGCAACUAUGGCAACGGAGAAGCUAUAAGAAAAGGAAUGCUUCAUUCACGUGGUGAAUUACUUCUCAUGCUGGAUGCAGAUAAAACGACCAAGGUCAAUGAUUUGGAGAAACUUGAAACCCAGAUCCGUAUAGUUCCUGGAAAGGAGUUAGAUUUGGUUGUUGUUGCUGGUAAUUCAAGUUUGAAAAUACUUGAUGUUCUUGUUGUUGCAUUUGGUUCUCACGCUCAUCUUGAGGAGAAGGCUCUUGUCGCGAGAAAAUGGUAUUGCAACUUUUUGAUGAAAGGAUUUCAUCUUGUUGUUCUCUUGGCUGCUGGUCCUGGGAUUCGUGAUACACAAGUAUUUGUCAUAUGUGUAAAGUGGAAUAUUCAUGCUUUCUUGCAUUGUUCUUUUGGUAUCAUGGUAUGUGAUCUUAGACAGCUGACACUUUAUUGUGCUUGUGGUAUGAGGAUGGGUGCUAGUUUGCUUUACGUCGAUAGUUCUUGCGUUUGGGCCAUUCUUGAAUUUCAGUGUCUGGCUCAAAUAUGUUCUCCAAGUCUCUUGUGA